CCUCACAGUGUUCACUGUUACGCAUGUUCACGCGCGUGCGCACGCACUGUGUGUACUCGUGAGGCAUAACGCGUUGCGUCCGCAAAAAAAAAAAAAAAAAGCGAACAAACGAACGAACGAACGAACGAACGAACGAACGAACGAACGAACGAACGAACAAAUAAGUUAACAAAUGCACGAACAAACAAACGCGUGAACACGUAAACGAACAACCGCGUUCGCUCGCGCGCGCGUAACAAAUAAAUGAUAAGCGAAAAAUCCCCCUGCGGACGCUCACUCCCCACUUCCCCCCCCCGUUCGAAGGAGACAAGGGAAAGGAAUUCCUGGCGAACAGAACGCAGCAACCAUGGACGACAAAGAUAUACAGGAGCAAUUCGAAAAGUAUGAAGAGAAAGUGAAACGGAACAGCAAAAAAAAUAUCCUCAGCGAUAAAUCCAAGGGCAGCUUCGAUGAAGGGAAGAGCAAUUUGUCUAGUUCCUCCUCACUGAAUAAAAGGGAAGACGGAGACUCCCAAUAUAAGCCGGCGCACAGUGAUGCCCAGGAGGAGAGUCAGCUCUCCGGCACGAAUCAGUCGCCUUCCCCAUCUGCGAAGAAGAAGUUACUCAUAAGUGAGGAGUACUCCAGCGACGGAGACGAAACGGAGUGCCUGAGCGAAGUGGACAAGAAGGAAAUGGAGCUGAAGGAAUCGGACCUGGCGAAGCUGAGCGUCGGCCAGAGCAAGCGCAUGUCAGUGAGCGCAGAGGCCUACGGAGAGUGGAACAAAAAAAAACUGAAUUUUGUCCCAAAGGUAUACAAAAAGGAAGAAAGCGAAAAAGAGAAAAUAAGGGAAGCCCUAAAUGACUCCUUCCUUUUUAAUCACUUAAAUAAAAACGAAAUGGAAACCAUCGUGGACGCCUUCUUUGAUGAGCAUGUAGAAAAAAAUGUAAAUAUAAUUAACGAAGGAGAGGAGGGAGAUCUCCUCUACGUAAUUGAUCAAGGUGAAGUGGAAAUAUUCAAAACGAAGGAAAACAAAAAGGAAGUAUUAACAGUCCUCAAAUCGAAGGAUGUUUUUGGAGAAUUGGCUCUACUGUAUAAUUCCAAAAGGGCUGCCACAGCGAAAGCAUUGACCAAGUGUCACCUGUGGGCACUAGACAGGGAGUCAUUCACCUACAUAAUCAAAGACAACGUUGCGAAGAAGAGAAAAAUGUACGAAGAUUUUCUCACCCAAAUUUCCAUCCUGAAGGAUAUGGACCCUUAUGAAAGGUCCAAAGUUGCUGAUUCUUUAAAAACGAAAACGUUUGCAGAUCAAGAGGAUAUUAUUAAAGAAGGGGAACCGGGAGAUACCUUUUAUAUAAUCGUUGAAGGAAAUGCUUUGGCCAUAAAAGACAAGACGGUUAUCAAGACGUAUGGUAAGGGAGACUACUUUGGAGAGCUCGCCCUUUUGAAGAACAAACCCAGGGCCGCUACUGUUAAGGCGAAAGAUACCUGCCAGGUGGUUUACCUCGACCGGAAGAGCUUUAAGAGGCUCCUGGGUCCUAUAGAAGAAAUUCUCCACAGGAACGUCGAAAAUUACAGGCAGGUCCUCAAGCAGUUGGGCCUCGACACGGCUUGCAUUGAGGGCAACUGA